AUGUCUUGUGAUAGUCGCAAUCCGACUAUCCAAGAAUACUGCAAUUUCCGGCUACGAAAUAUCCCCUAUGGAAGCGAUGUUAAACCACAGUCUUGCUACGAUCGACCAGUCGACGACGCAGGAAAUGCUCGACUUGUUCUUGAGUGGGGAGACUGGCUAGUUAUUGGCGUUUAUUUCGUCAUUGUCCUUGGAGCAGGUCUUGGCAUUUCUCUCAUCGGAAAGAAGAAGGCUUCUUCGUCAGCUGCAACAGACUUUCUUCUUGCAGGCCGAUCCAUGUGGUUUUUACCUGUCGCGUUUUCCCUAUACAGCUCGAAUAUUGGAAGCUCUUCCUUCAUUGGCUUGGCUGGAUCAGGAGCCGCUGCUGGCAUCGCAGUUGGCGUGUUUGAGUGGAAUGCAAUGAUUUGCUUGCUGAUGCUUGGAUGGCUUUUCGUUCCAGUCUAUCUUGCAUCUGGAAUCAAGACUAUGCCCGAGUUCCUCCAACGUCGAUUUCCUGGAGAGCGAAUUCAGCUUUAUUUAGCAGUUUUAUCUCUCUUCAUUUAUAUUUUUACGAAGAUUAGCGCAGAUUUAUUCUCUGGCUCGUUAUUCAUUUCUCUUGCGAUUCCAUCACUGAAUUUAUAUGUGGCUAUCAUCAUCCUCCUUGCUAUCACAGCUGCGUAUUCUGUCGCCGGUGGAUUGAAGGCUGUCAUUUACGUUGAAGCUCUUCAAACUGUGAUCAUGGUUAUCGGUUCAGUCAUUAUGGCGGUUUAUGCGUUCAAUGAGAUUGGAAGCGAGAAUGAGUCUGCAUGGGACAGUCUCUGGGCCAAGUACAACUGUUCGAUUCCUUCCGACUACCUUUCGCCUCUAGAAACGCAGAAUGGCGACGCAUGUGGUGCCGUUAGAGAUGAUUUCGAUCAUGUUCUGCGAGCACCCGACGCCGAUCUACCCUGGCCAGGUGCAAUUUUCGGCUUGACUGUAAUUGCAACGUGGUAUUGGUGUACUGAUCAAGUGCUUGUUCAACGCUGUUUAGCUGCGAAAAACUUGUCCCAUGUGAAGUUGGGAUGUGUAAUUGCCGGACUUAUCAAAGUAACACCAGUGUUUCUGAUGGUGUUUCCAGGAAUGAUCUCUCGCAUCUUAUUUACCGAUGAAGUUGCUUGCGUUGAUCCUGACAAUUGCAAGUCUUACUGCAACUCUAAUAUUGGCUGCUCUAAUAUCGCUUAUCCAACACUUAUUCUUCGUCUCUUACCAGCAGGAUUACGAGGAAUGCUCAUGGCCGUCAUGCUUGCCGCACUCAUGAGUUCUCUCACCUCAACGUUCAAUUCUGGUGCUACUUUAUUUACAUUAGAUAUCUAUGCGAAAAUUCGCAAAAAUGCUUCGCAAGCAGAACUGCUAAUUAUCUCAAGACUAACAAUGCUUGCUCUCUGCGGUAUUUCAAUUCUUUGGCUACCUAUCGUUCAAAAUUCAUCUGACGGACAGCUCUUUGACUACAUUCAAGCAAUCACAUCGUAUCUCGGCCCACCAGUUGUAACAAUUUUCGUUCUUGGCAUAUUCUGGCCGCGUUGCAACGAGCCAGGCGCUUUUUGGGGGCUUUUAUGUGGACUAAUUAUUGGUCUGACUAAAAUGCUACUUGAAUUCACGCAACCAACAGGGCUAUGUGGCGAUACGCUUCCAAACCCUUUGGUCUUGUCGAAGAUGCAUUAUUUACAUUUUGCGAUUUUAUUGGCAUUUUUAACGGUGAUCAUCGCAGUUGUCGUAUCACUUUUGACUCCGCCGCUCGACCCAAGAUAUCUACCACGAAUGACAUACUGGACUAGGUUUUCUAAUAAAAGGCGCAAAUCUAUUAGCGACUUGAAACCUAAGGAGGAAAUCUCUCAAGCAGAAGUGCCAAAAUGGCUGAAAUGCCUUGUUCGUGAAAAUAAAACUUCCUCUGAAGAAAUUUCCAUCGCAGAAGAACAACCGAACGAGGAACAUGAUGUCGAAGUGGAUCCCUGUGAAAUUCUCAAGGAGGAAAAGUCGUGGAACAUUGCAGCGAACGUUGCUGCUGUUUUUCUAGCUGUUUCAUGUGUGUUUUUGCACGCAUAUUUCGCAUAG